GUUUUUAUUAUUUUGUUGUAAAAAAAUAAUAAUUUUAUUUUAGUGUCUUCAACUGUGUCGUCUGUCGAUGUGCGCAUGCUCCCUGCAGCCCAGUUAAAAAAGCUUAGAGUGGACGGAGCGUGAGCAUAUACGCUACUCGGGAGACAGCUGAAGUCGUCCUCUCUACAUCAGCUACUGUACCAUAAUGUCCAAACCAAAGUUUCAGGCGGAGUGGGAGGAAAUUGACGAGGAAUAUCAACAAUUACAGGAAACUCACAAAAUAUACAGACAGAAACUUGAGGAGCUCACCAAUCUUCAGACAACCUGCAGCAGCGCAAUCAGUAAACAGAGAAAAUGCCUCAAAGACCUAAAGCGCAGCUUGACCAAGUGUUCAAAAACCUGCGACAAGAAAGAAUUGGAACUAAUAAAAGACAUCAAAACACAAAUUAAAGAUAAAGAAAAUGUCUUUUUUGAUAUGGAAGCAUAUUUGCCAAAGAAAAACGGGUUGUACCUAAAUUUGGUCCUGGGCAAUGUGAACGUAACUCUUCUCAGCAACCAGGCCAAAUUUGCCUACAAAGAUGAAUAUGAGAAGUUCAAGCUUUACAUGACAAUAAUCCUGAUGUUUGGAGCAAUAACCUGUCUAUUCUUUCUCAACUGUCGAGUCACUGAUGAAAUCUUCAACUUUUUGCUGGUGUGGUACUACUGCACACUGACCAUAAGGGAAAGCAUCCUCAUGAGCAAUGGCUCCAGGAUCAAAGGUUGGUGGGUGUCUCACCAUUAUGUAUCCACCUUUCUGUCAGGAGUGAUGCUCACCUGGCCAGAGGGGCCAAUGUAUCAGAUGUUCAGAAGCCAGUUCCUUGCUUUCUCCAUCUACCAGAGCUUUGUUCAGUUCCUGCAGUAUUAUUACCAGAGUGGAUGCUUAUACAGGCUGCGAGCUUUGGGAGAGAGAAAUCAGCUGGACCUCACAGUGGAGGGAUUCCAGUCCUGGAUGUGGAGAGGCCUCACUUUUCUUUUACCAUUCCUCUUUUUUGGCCAUUUUUGGCAGCUCUACAACUCAGUGACCCUGUUUCGUUUGGGCCGACAUGAGAACUGUAAGGAGUGGCAGGUAUUUAUGCUGGCACUGACAUUUCUCGUCCUAUUCCUGGGAAAUUUUCUCACAACGGUGAAAGUCGUCCAUCAGAAGGUUCAGAAAAAACAGGAAAAGGUGCAAAAAAAUGACUAAGACAAAAACUCGGAUUCUUACAAACGGCCAGUAAUUUCAAAGCAACACGCACAAUCGCUUGAUAGACUGACCCACACUAUGAUCAGGCUGGGAGAAGACAAAGCUGAAACCACUGUUUCUCUCUGGCUUCGAUGGCAGCAGCGUCCAGCCAAAGUAUCUGGCCAACAGGCUUCUGCUUUCUAAUGACUUGUCGUUGAUGUUGCUGCACAGUCGGUCUCAACACAAAGUGAUGUACACCUGAUACAUGGAACAGUUUGUCGUUAUAUUCUGUACAUAUUAACCAAGAGGGAAGAAUGUGUUGUUAUUUGCGUGUUUGUGUCUGCGCAUGAAUCUGUCCGAGAGCCUUUUGUUCAAA